GGCUGGGCCUGAACUAGCUCCGCGGUCUCCCACCGGCUUGCGGGCCACGCUGUCAUGCGUUCGGGGGGCCGCGGGCGGCCCCGGCUCCGGCUUGGGGACCGGGGUCUCAUGGAGCCACCUUCACCCCGCAAGCGCCGCCUGCUCCCCCGCGUGCAGCCCUUGCCCCUGCUGCUGCUGGCGCUGGCGGUGGGCACCGCGUUGCUCAUUCUCUGGGGCGGCUGGCGCCGAUGGAACGAGGAGCUGGCGCGGGGCCGGGAGCACCGGGCCCCGCUGAUUGGAAGCCUCCCGGAAGCCAAGCUGCGGAUGGUGGUGGGACAGCUGGACCCACAGCGACUCUGGGGGACGUUCCUGCGCCCCCUGCUGAUUGUGCGCACCCCGGGUAGCCCAGGCAAUCUCCAAGUGAGGAAGUUCCUGGAGGCCACGCUGCGGGCCCUGACAGCAGGUUGGCAUGUGGAGCUGGAUCCCUUCACGGCCUCGACACCCCUGGGGCCAUUGGACUUUGGAAACGUGGUGGCCACCCUGGACCCAGGAGCUGCCCGUCACCUCACCCUGGCCUGCCAUUACGACUCGAAGUUCUUCCCUCCCGGGUCUGCCACCUUUGUGGGGGCCACAGAUUCCGCUGUGCCCUGUGCCCUGCUACUGGAGCUGGCCCAGGCCCUAGAUCUGAUGCUGAGCAAGGCCAAGCAGCAGGCAGCUCCAGUAACCCUGCAGUUCCUCUUCUUGGACGGGGAAGAGGCGCUGAAAGAGUGGGGACCCAGGGAUUCCCUUUAUGGGUCCCGGCACCUGGCCCAGCUCAUGGAGUCCAUACCCCACAGCCCUGGCCCCACGAGGAUCCAAGCUAUCGAGCUCUUUGUGCUUCUUGAUCUCCUGGGAGCCCCAAACCCCACCUUCUACAGCCAUUUCCCCCGAACCAUCCGCUGGUUCCAGCGACUAAGGAGCAUUGAGAAACGCCUGCACCGGCUGAACCUCCUGCAGUCUCACCCCCAAGAGGUGAUGUAUUUCCAACCUGGAGAGCCCCCUGGCUCUGUGGAAGAUGACCACAUCCCCUUCCUCCGCAGAGGGGUCCCGGUGGUCCACCUCAUCGCCACGCCCUUUCCUACUGUCUGGCAUACUCCUGCAGACACUGAGGCCAAUCUCCAUCCACCCACGGUGCACAAUCUCAGCCGCAUCCUGGCUGUGUUCCUGGCUGAGUAUCUGGGGCUCUAGGCUGGAGGGGACAGUACCAGAGGAGACCUUCCUCCAGAAGCACCCCCCAGUGGACAAGUCCAGAUCUACCUCAGGAGUGGCUUUGUCCUCACCUAUCCCGUCAGCUCCUACUUGGGUCAAGGCCACUUCAAGGACACAGAAGGGACCACAGAAUGGAUGUCGAACAGGGUGGUGAGACGAAGAGUACGAGUUUGGCCCCUGCUCUUGGGUCCACAGCUAUACUGGAGGUUUCCAUGGACCAGAUGCUGAGCUUUUAGCCAGCAAGGGCUGGUUUGGCUUCUUGUGGUUGGGCUAGCAACCAAACCCAACCAAAUGAAUUCUUUCGGCUUAUGCUUUCCUCUCUGCCCAAUCUACACAAUGACAGUUUUGCUACUGCAGAAUCAGGAACAGAAAUGAAAGGCCAGCUUCUAGAAGACAGGUUUUCUCUGAUCCAGUACGCCACUGCUUGAA